AUGAGUCAAAGCAAGUCAAGUCCUGAUGAAGUGAGUAAUGUUAAACAAGACGACAUGCUCAUUCAAAUGACCAAUGAGACACAUCAUCCUACCUCUUCAUUAACCUUAUUCGCUCAUUCAUUCAUAAAUCCGUUCAUUCUGACAACAAUACCACUCAGUCUCAUAGAACCUGUUCAAGAAGAAGGUACAAGUGAUACGACAGAGUCUAGCACGGAAUCAAGGCCAAUAAAGGAUCUAUCAGCAGAAGAAAGAAGGCAGCGACGGUUAUGGAGAAAUAGGAUAGCUGCUAAGGAAUGCCGCAAAAAGAAAAAGAUGUAUAUUGAAGAUUUAAAGACAAAGAUACAACAGCUGCAAGAACAUAAUGAUUUACUACGAAAAGAAGCGGCUGAGUUAAAAGAAAAGCUAUCCUUUUUUGAUUCAGAGGAAACGUUCAAACUAAUAAAAGAGGUUGAAGCACUAAACGCUAAGCUUAGGAUUACCAAAUAA